UAGAUGGUUUCCAGCAAUUCUGGCUUCGUCUUGCAUGGUGUAUCUAAACAUUUGGGCUUCGUUCACCUUUGUCUGGAACACAAAGAAGCACCUGACACAGAGAGUCCAGAAUUUGGACGAUAAAUUGCUGGAGCAGAAAGAGAUCUCAAAGUCGAUUCUGGAGAAUAAGGCUAUUGGGUAAGGACUUGACUGGUUUGAGCUUGAAAGAAUUGCAGCAACUAGAACAGCAAUUAAAUGAAGGAUUAUUGUCAGUGAAGGAGAGGAAGGUUCUAUUAUAUUUUCCUUUUUCAUUUUUUUUCCUUUCAGUUAUUCAGUAGAGAUGUCAGAUUAUGUUGCAGAUUGUAACAUGUACUAAUUCCUGCAAUCUGAAAGGCUUGAAUAUAUAUUCUACUAUUUCAAGAGCAAUUACUAGUAGAGCAACUAGAGCAAUCAAGAGUACAGCUAUUUGUUUCCUCCAAGAACAGCGUGCUAUACUUGAGAAUGAAACGUUGCGCAGACAGGUUGCGGAGCUUCGAUGUUUAUUUCCACAAACUGACCGCGCAGUCCCAUCCUAUCUGGAAUAUUAUCCGGUGGAAAAAGAGAAAUCCUUUGUAAACCAUGGUGUCACAAGCCCAGAUUUGGUCAGCAAUUUUGCAUUUGAGAAUGGAGAUUCUGACAUCACCCUGCAUUUAGAGUUGCCAAGUGAUGUUUAUGGGAAGAGGAAGGCUCCAGAAAGAGAAGCUCACUCCAAUGACUCAGGGAGCCAAUUAGCCCUAUAAUUGUUUCUGAGGUUCUCUUUGCCAUAAAAUCAACAGAUGCUAUAGAUGAAUUUCAUACAGUUGAGAGUGUAGCUUAUUAGCUUUCAUCGAAAGGUCAGUAACUUGUAAAAGAGAAGGU